AUGUUCCCGUCUGCUCCCCGUUUCACAGCAGCCCGAUCAGUCCCGGAGCCUGAACACCGUCAGGCUUGUGGCGUUGCCAAUAAACCAGCUGCGGGUUCAAGUUGGGCUGGACGGAUCGGAAGUGCGGAUCGGCUUGUGGAGGCGACACUUGCGGUCAGUUCAUGCUGUCGUGGCGGUUCAUUCAAGUCACUUCAAGUCCAGUCAAUUCUAGUCAAGUUGAGUCGAGCUAAAUCCAGUCGACUUGAAUUGAAUUCAUUUCAAUCAAGUAAAAUCACUGCCAGCCAAUUCAAGUCCAAUCACGUAAAGUCAGGUCGACUGGAAGAGACGAGGCAAGCGGUGGUCGACACGACGCAGCAGCAGGUGCGGAUGUGUGAGGCUGGCAAAGACGGAAAACCAAUCAAAUCAAGUCCAAUAAAGCAGAACCCAGUCGCGUUCAUCCAAUUCAAUUCCAGACAAAUCAAAUCUAAUCACUCUAGUCAAGUCAAAUCUAAACAAUUUAAGUCCAAUCAAAUGCGGUCGAGUAAAGUAAGGUCUAUUCAAGUGCGGUUGGGUCAAGGUAUUAUGAGUUAA